AUGUCAUCGGUCAAUGGUGGUGUGGGAGAAACAGGCGAUGGCCUCCAGUCGAAUGAUGCUCGUUCAAAGAGCAAAGUACUUGCCAUCGCCGGUUGCACCAACUCGGGAAAGACGACUCUCACUAAGAUCCUUUGCAAUAAGCUUAUGAAAGGCGGUGCUACGGUUCAUUCCAUUCAUCAAGACGAAUUUUUCUACACCGAAGACAAGGUUGAAAAAAUAUAUCAAGAAGAAGGCAAUGAGCCGGCUUUUUUCUACGACUAUGAUUCCAUAACUGCUGUUGAUCGUGAUGGCCUCAUCAAUGCAAUCAGAGAGGUAAGUACGGAAGCUCGAUAA